AGCGAGGAGUCCAGGGGCGCCCUGUCCGGCGGCGCUCUAGCCCCCGCGCACUGUCUCUAUGUUCCUCCUGCGUCUGGUCUAUUUAUUGUCGCGGGGAAGAAGCGGCCGCCCAGUACCCGGAACAACAAAGCACGAAAGACGGAGCCCGAGCCUCGGGGGCUCCUAGCAACGGGUCGGGGUGGGAGUUCCAUGGAGACUGGGGAGCGCGCCCGCCUCAUCAUCAUCCUUGUCCUCCAGCUUAUCCUUCGCGUCCGACGUAACCGGCAGCAGCGCUGCUGCCGCGUUCUCUGCCGCCGCCCCCUCUUCCCACGAAGUAGCUGAGACUGCUGCUCUGCUCCAGUAAUUCCAGUGACUCAAGAAUGGCCGCAUAGAAUUGGAAAAUUAUUUGUUUAUGCCAUCAUGGACUCUGGAUCUGAAAAAUCCUGCGAUAAGCAAAGAAACGAUCGUGGCCCUUUCACCGAUAUCUAUAUCCAUACAGAUAGAGAUAUAUAGAUUAUACAUACACACCCCCCUAUAUCCUUUAAUUUUAGGCACUCUAAGGACUAUAGUGGGAGAUUUUUACAAAAACGGGUCUCCCAUGUGUUGAUAUUGUCUAGAAUAAAAGCCCGUUUUGAAAUAAAGGCCUAACACAUUGUUAAUGUUCCCUGGUGUUCUUUCCACACUUGUGGAAGGACAGGUGUUGCUGACCUCGAGAUAUAAAGAUGAUACGGCUAAUGUGUAGUCUCAGAGUACAAAUGUGAGGGCGAGAAUUUGGCUUUUGACUCUGGUCACCGUUCAUAGACCCAUCGUUGUUUAAACCUCAGCUAAGGUUCAUGGUAAACCUGAACCUUCGGCGGAAUAAGAACCAUCCCAGUCCUUUUCAUUUGCUGCAGAGCCUCUUUCGAGACGCAGAGCCUUUUAUUUUUCUAACCAGCGUCUGGCCGCAGUGAGCGUCUUGGCUCUCUCCAGUUACUUGUGUGCAUGUGUCACCUGGUGAAGUUGUGGUCAGCACCCUUUAAUUGGAAGGGGUGACCAUAUCCCAGGAUCUCGGCUGGGGGCAGCAGGGUAGGGUAGAGGUGGAUGGCCCAGCCAUCUUGAAGGCAUUGUCACUGGUUCGUGAGACCUUCCUCACAAACUUCAUAUGCUAAUCUCAAAGGUACACUAGAUUUCUUAACCCAGUUCUCUGCUCCUUUUCUGGUGAUGGUGGAAGCCCUAAAGCGAGAUUGUCAAAGACCUUUUCAGAAUACUUUAUUGAUGAGAUAUGAGAGAAUAUACAUGUGAUCGCCGUCUUCUUUAAUAAGCAGAUAAAUGAUGUGAUCUUCGUGGUGGGAGACUGAGUUUUUAAACUACCCCAAUGGAUGCAGACAGUGAUGUUGCAUUGGACAUUCUAAUUACAAAUGUAGUCUGUGUUUUUAGAACAAGAUGCCAUUUGAACCUAAGGAAGAUUGCUUUGGAGGGAGCAAAUGUAAUUUAUAAGCGUGAUGUUGGAAAAGUAUUAAUGAAGCUUAGAAAACCUAGAAUCACAGCUACAAUUUGGUCCUCAGGAAAAAUUAUUUGCACUGGAGCAACAAGUGAAGAAGAAGCAAAAUUUGGUGCCAGACGUUUAGCUCGCAGCCUGCAGAAACUAGGUUUUCAGGUAAUAUUCACGGAUUUUAAGGUUGUUAACGUUUUGGCAGUGUGUAAUAUGCCAUUUGAGAUCCGUUUGCCAGAAUUCACAAAGAACAACAGACCUCAUGCUAGUUAUGAACCUGAACUUCAUCCUGCUGUGUGCUAUCGGAUAAAAUCUCUAAGAGCUACAUUACAGAUUUUUUCAACAGGAAGUAUCACAGUAACAGGGCCCAACGUAAAGGCUGUUGCUACUGCUGUGGAACAGAUUUACCCAUUUGUGUUUGAAAGCAGGAAAGAAAUUUUAUAAUUCAUCGCUUAAUUGGUUAGAAUCCCUAACUGAGCACCUUUUAAAACCUGCUGCACAUUGGACUCACAACAAAAGCAAAACUGGACCAACAGUAAUUGAGGAAAUAGACUCUUUUAUUCAUUCACGGCGACGUGUGUAAGCUCCAGGCCCUUUGGAUUUUAUUUCAGACCUUGCUGUAAUAUAAAAAGGAAGUUUACAAGACAUGACAUUGCUGCUUUUACAAAAGGACUCUCUAUUUAUUUUCGCAGUAAUUCUCAUGUCCCCUUAAGCAGAGCUGUCACAGUGUGCACUACCUUAAAUUCUGUUGUUGUUGUUAUUUUUUUCCAGUUUGAGCUAAUGUGUUUUAUUUGUGAAUAGUCUUUUACAUUUUUGUAUGCUGAAUAUGGGCACCAAAGAACCUGUAAAAGUUAUCUUUUUCAAUUGAAUGUGCACAAAUAAAAGUUUGGAAAAGAUCUCCAUAUCCAUUCUGUAACUUUUAUUCCCCAUUUUCUAUUUUAACAAAAAUUGUAUUCAUAAUUCUUUUUUUUUUAAUCUAUGCAAGCUUAGACUUUUGCUAAAAGUGUGUUGGCUUCUUUUUGAAGUGUAUUUUGUAAAUAUAUAUAUGCCGCGUGUGUAUAGUAUCUUUUAAUGCUCUGUUACCAAAUAUCAAAUAGGCAUUUUUUUCCUUGCAGGUUAGAAAUAAAAAUAUGUAUAUAAACUCUAGGGAAUGAACCAGAGUAGAACUUUAUAGAUUAAGCAUAAUGUUUUAUGUUGCUAAUUUAAUAUGAUAGAAAAUGUUAAAUACCUUUUAAAAGUUACACAGUUGUAGUUUUGAAAAGCAAAGCCUCUUACCUAUGAGAUGGAUGAGAAAGAGGCUGUGACGGGUUGAACCUCACAUGUACUUUUGUGAUUCCGGUAAGACUCCACUCUAGUUGUAGGAAAGGCGUAGUCUUAGGCUGGUGUUCAAGGCUAUACUGAGAGUCUUGUCAGAAGUUGAUACAUUGUUCUGUUUUAACAAGAAGUGCCCAAGAGCUGCCUCUGUGCCACAGUAUCAUUAUAAUAUAGUUCAACUUGAACUUGAAAGCCAUUUUGCAAGAUAAGUCUUUCCCCUUGCUGUGUCUUAUUUAAUGGAGCUGAAGAGUGACUGACUAUUCAGUAUUUGGGAUUGCCCCUCUUAAAAUGACAAUAAAUACGUAUUUGUGAAA